GUUGGCCGAGUGGUCUAAGGCGGCAGACUUAAGAUCUGUUGGGCGUAUGUCCGCGCGAGUUCGAACCUCGCAUCCUUCAGAACUUUUUUGCUGUCUAUAUCGGCGUUAGGCGGAAAUAGUUGCAAGUGGCCGGCGGAUGGAGUUUACGCGGGGAAAUGUAGUCCUGGAGCCUCAUGUGUCGAAUAUUUCCACGUAGUUACGACCGGGGUGCAGACAGGAACUGUCAAAAAGAAACGUGGUAGGGCAGGCGAAGCGGGCACAGAGAACGAGGCUUAAGUAGGGCAUCAAGUCCAGCUCGUUGGAGUGCUCUGUGGGUAACAACGUUGCGUGCAAGGUCAAACACUUUCAGGGGUGCCAUCUCUCGUGGACAUUGUCUAGCCACACAAAGAAGAGGCAAAGCAUCCGUUGCGGCAACUGCAUCAAUCAAAAUGGCCACUCGGAACACGGUUCUCGAGGCCGAGUUAGAACCCAGCGUUGAAUCGUCGCACCGGAAGCCAAAGUCACCGUCGGGAGUUCCGCUUUCACAGAUCUCGCCUAAGAUCUUCCCCUUGCCCAUGUCGGAGAGCUUCAACCACUGGUGGAAACAGAAAACGCCGCUCAAGGUGCAAGAUGAGUUGCUCUCCACUUUGCCUUUCUACCCAGAACCUUCGGCAACUCACUCCUCGGAGGUAAUCAGCUUUAAAAGUCCGAACUCGUUGGUGUUCCCAGACAUUAACGAAUUCCACGUCAAGCCCAGGAACGAGACUGUUGGCGAAGAGAACGCUAAACAUUUGGUGAUCAUCCACGGGUACGGCGCUGGUCUUGGCUUUUUCGAGAAAAACAUCGAAAGCUUGGCACAGAAACAUCUGCAAUGGCACAUACAUGCCAUCGACCUCCCGGGUUACGGUUGCUCCACUAGAGUUGACUUCCCGCAUAAGAUCCCUUAUGAGAACCACAAGACUGUCGAAAAGCUCUUUACCGUACCACUCCGGGAUUGGUUUGUUGCACGCGGGCUUAGCGAGAAGAACACUCUGGCCGUUGCGCAUUCAAUGGGGGGUUACCUUUCCCUCUUGCUGCAGAUGAACGAGGUCAGCGGAGAGGGGUUCAUCAACAAAGACGAGUACAAAAUGUUGAAGAAACGGUUUGGAUGUGGCUCGGCGAUGGAAGAAGCUUUUCAGAGACAAGAGAAAGAGCUCUCUGGGACCGCUGCUAAUCCGAGACAGUUUUGGGACACACUGAUUCAGGUUUCCCCAGGAGGAAUUUUCCACUCCCGUGCAAAGCAGAUAGAAGAAAACACACCCAAGUGGUUCACAAGGCUUUGGAACUGGAAUGUGUCACCGUUUUCCUUGGUUAGGUAUUCUGGACCGUUGGGCUCUUACUUUGUGAGUGGCUGGUCGAGCCGGAGAAUAGCCGUCUCCUCUCUUUUCACCGAGGAGGACGUGAAAUUGUUGCAUCGGUAUUCCUACGCCAUUUUCAACGCCAAAGGUAGUGGCGAGUACAUGCUGAACUACAUCCUUGCGCCAGGAGGUAUACCGAGACAUCCAUUAGUGGAGAGACUUGGGUCCAUCGGGAAAUAUGCCGGUAGAACGCUAUGGAUGUAUGGCGACCACGACUGGAUGGACUACAAGGGCGGAGUGUUAGCGUGCGAAGAGUUGAAGGCCGCUGGCUCUCCAGAUGCGCAUUUGCAGAUUGUCGCUGGGGCGGGGCACCAUGUGUACCUUGAUGCGUUCAGAAGCUUUAACCAGAUCGUUUCUAGCGAAAUGGCUCGUAUGGAGAGCAAGUAGAAAUUACACCUUUAUAAACAUGAUGAAAUGAAUAUAAAAUGAAAUUCAUAAUUAGAACAAUCACUUGUAGCCGCGUAUCUAGACUUUGUUAUUGGAUUAAUUAAACUAUACAUUAAACAUCAUCACAUACACAUAAACCCAAACAUUUGAAGGGGUAAAGGGAGAGAAAAAACAGAUCAUGAGAAGGGG